UUCUUAGGGUUUUAACUCUUUUUUUUUGUUUUUCCUCCUUCAACCUGCCUGCUACCCAAACCCCUAACACAACACUUAAAUACCCAUAAAGCCCCUGCCUUUCACAAUAAUUUACCUAAAAGGGUGGACAGGUACCAAAGAAUAGAGAAGCCAAGGCCUGAACAACCUAUCAAUGAGAAUGAAAUCAGAAUCACUGCUCAAGGUGUUAUUAGGAACUACAUUACUUAUGUCAUAUCUCUCCUGCAGGUCUAUCCCUUUUGAUUGUAAGUCCCUCUUAAUGGCAGAAAAGAAUCAAUAAUAUUGUAUAAUGUAAGGAAGACCCAAGUUUUUAACUUAAGGAGAAACAGGUAGGGGAGAUUGUUCUAAAGGCAAUGGGACAGGCAAUAAGCAAAACGGUGGCCAUUUCAGAGAUCAUAAAGAAGAGAAUCCCUGGGCUGCAUCAGGAAACUUCCAUAAGUUCAAUGAGCAUAACUGAUAUGUGGGAGCUGAUGGAAGAAGGGCUUGUUCCAUAUUACUUGAGGCAUUCUUAUGUUUUGUCCUCGUAAUUCAUCUUUCUUGAAGUGCAUUUAUAAUUCUUGUUUAAAAUGGUUUGUGCAGGUUGGAGAUGACUCGCCAAGUGUCCCUUAUUUCAAUUUCUCUGUCAACCAAAGAGCUAAACAAAUCAUCUCCUGGAUAUUUAGGUAUCAAGCUCCAUCUCAUGAGCAGUAGAACCAAUAUCAGUCUCAGCAACAGCAAAACCAAAUGCACGUGCCCGUUACUGGGUUAUUGAAGGCGAUGAAUUUAGCAUUUUCUUCCUCUUUCUUUCUUUUUGAAUAAUAAUUACAACAAUUAAAUGUGAAGAUCAUAAACAGUGUUUUAUAAUUUUUUUUGAUGAUGGCUUUGAUUGCAAUCCAUAUUUUGUUUAUGUAUGUUAACAUGAAGCUCUAAUAAAUCGCAUUCUUAUUUUUUGAGACCAACCUAUUUGCAAUUGCCUUUGUUUAUUUAAAUUCUCAAUACAUUCAUCAUCCUGAUUCAUAUGGACGAGUAACAAGUUUCAUUUUCAUUAUAUUGAUUUUAUUGCCCUGUUGUUAUUUUCUUUUUCAUAACUGGUCAUAUACUGGUCCUUCACCUGACUGCUGAUUUUUUUUUUCUUUGGAUUGUUGAUAGAGAAGUUUAUGUCUUACAAUGUUCACUUUUGGGGGGAUGUAGAUCUUUCAUUUAUUUCAACUUUUGAAGCUUUUUCCUUUUUCAGGAGAAACAGGUAGGGGAGGUUGUUCUAAAGGCAAUGGGACAGGCAAUAAGCAAAACGGUGGCCAUUGCAGAGAUCAUAAAGAAGAGAAUCCCUGGGCUGCAUCAGGAAACUUCCAUAAGUUCAAUGAGCAUAACUGAUAUGUGGGAGCCGAUGGAAGAAGGGCUUGUUCCGUUGGAGAUGACUUGCCAAGUGUCCCUUAUUUUAAUCUCUCUGUCAACCAAAGAGCUAAACAAAUCAUCUCCUGGAUAUUUAGGGGAUCAAGCUCCAUCUCAUGACCAGCAGAACCAAUAUCAGUCUCAGCAACAGCAAAACCAAAUGCACAUGCCCGUAACUGGGUUAUUGAAGGCAUUCAUCAUCCAGAUUCAUAUGGACGAGGACGAAUUAAUGGUAGAGGGAGAGGACAGGGAUGGGGCAGGACCUGUAACAGGAACUAUCCAGAGAAUGGUGGUUAUUGGAAUCAGGGGCGAGGAGGUGGACGAGGCAGAGGUUGGGGCUAUUGUGGUGGGUAUGGAAGGGGCAGGGGUGGAGGGCAAAGCUAUGGUCAUGGACGAGGAUGGGGCAGUGGCAGUGGACAUGGUCGUAGACAACAGGCUUAAUAGUGGGAUUGUACUAAUGGUUAGCUCUUUAGCAGGACGGCCUACAGUUGUUGGGAGGAAAUUCUUGUUGGCUGUUAGAAGCAUCAAAACAUUUAUAUCUUCCUCUUAUCAGUUUAUUUUUCUAAAUGAUAUGGAUGUAGGAAGUCAUUAGCAUUUUCUCGGUUGCUUCUAUCCUGUUAAGGGCUGUUAGUGGGGUUUUAAUAUGCUGUAAUCCGUUGCCUCUGCCACUCUUUGUAGAUAUAGUCUAUUUUUAAAUGUAUAUAUGCCUUUUGAAAUUUCUUUC